AUGGAAUCUACAGAAGGAUUCAGUUAUCGUAUAGCAGUUAAAGUGAAUAUUGCUAUAUGUUAUAGCUGUAAUCAGUUUGUUUAUGUUGAUAAAAGAGUAGGAUAUGAAUUAUAUCACAAUUAUAAGAUAGAGGAAUAUUGGUGUACAAAUUAUACUAGAAAUAGAUAUUGUGAUAUAUGUUUUAAAGAGUAUAUGGAGCUUAAACAAAAACUAGAAGUUGAAACAAAAAAGAUCAGAGCUGUAAAGAUUAUACAACAAAAAUGGAUUGAGAUUAUAUAUAAGCCCGAUGGUCUCAAAGCUAAAGAACUUGCUAAGCAUUAUAAAUUAUUAUGGGUAGUUAAAGAAGAAAUGCAUCAG